AUGCGAUACUUGCGCGGUCUCCUUGCGGCCGCCCCCUUGCUGGGGCUUGUCUCGGCCCAGGUGUCGACAAGCUGUAACCCGCUCAACUCGACCGACUGUCCCACGGACCCCGGCUUCGGCACCGACUACACCUUCAACUUCAACACCACGCCGUCCUACGAGCUGUGGGAGACCACUGCUGGGUCUGUGUCGUACGAUGCGGAGACCGGCGCCGCCUUCACCAUCAACAAGCAGGGCGACUCGCCCACCAUCCGGACCCUCUUCUACUUCUUCUUCGGCCGCGUUGAGCUGCAUCUCAAGUGCGCCCCCGGCGUCGGCAUCAUCAGCUCUGCCAUGUGGCUGAGUGACGACCUGGACGAGGUCGACUGGGAGUUCCUGGGCGUCAACAACACCGCCGCCUCGACCAACUACUUCGGCAAGGGUCUCCAGGACUACCACAACGCCGGCGUCUACACCACAAAAGACAACCAGGCCGACUACCUCAACUACACCACCGUCUGGACCAAGGAGGGCAUUGACUGGUACAUUGACGGCGAGCACGUGCGCAACCUGACCCCCGACGCUGCCAACAAGACCCGAAACUACCCCCAGACUCCCAUGAGGCUCUCGCUCGGUAUCUGGGCCGGUGGUGACCCGACUCUGCCGGAGGGUACGCGUGAGUGGGCUGGUGGCAACACCGACUACAGCAAGGGCCCCUUCACCAUGUACGUCAAGAGCGUCCGCAUCACCGACUUCGGCGGUGGUUCUGAGUACGCCUACGGCGAUACUUCCGGCUCAUGGGAGAGUAUCAAGGUCACUGGCGGAAACUCGACCUUUUACGAGGCCCUCCACCGGGCGCCCAAGCUGACCACGAGCCAGAAGUGGAACAACCUGCCGGCCGGAGCUCGCAUCGCCGUCUACGCCGUCUCCGCGGCUCUCGGCGCAGCCCUGAUCGGUGCUGGCAUCUGGUACUGCAUCCGUCAGCGCCAGUCGGGCGCUCGCGAAGCCCGUCUGGCC